AUGCAACAAGAGGUUUAUUUUGUAAAUACUAUCCGUUUUUUGCUACUGGAUGCGUUGGCGGAGGUAAAAAAACUGCUUGUGACCAAACCGCUGACAAACUUCAAGGAUAUUGCAGGGCAGAAUGGCGAUUUGGAAGCACAUGCCAGUCACAUUUACCACAGAAGAGCAGUAGAACAGGAGAAUGCAUUCCUCAAUACGUUCAAUAAACCUCACUUGGAAGUAAUCAACAGUGUACACCAACAGCGCAGCAAAGAGGUGGAAGGAAACAGGGAGCGACUUCGUCCUAUAGUCGAAACGGUUAUUUUCCUUGGGCGGCAAAAUCUACCAUUCCGUGGACACAGAGAUGAUGGACAGAUAUUUCAUAAACUGGCAAAUUUCGAGAGCUCCAUUGUUGCUGUGAACGAAGGAAAUUUUAGAGAACUGCUAAGAUUUAGUGUGUCUGCUGGUGAUAUAAAACUGGAGCAAUACCUGCAGUCAUCUUCGUCAAAUGCUACAUAUCUUUGUAAGACAACUCAAAAUGCUCUCAUUUCAUGCUGUGGGAAAGAGAUUUCAGAGCAAAUUUUGAGUAACUUACUCUCAUCACAAUAUUAUUUAAUACUUUUUGACGAGACAGCAGAUGCUUCUAACUCAUCUCAGCUGAGCCUUACGUUACGAUACUUACUUAACUGUAAUAUCCGUGAGGAUUUCAUUAGUUUCGUUGAUGCGUUUGUAGAACUUGGUCAUACGAAUUUCGAAGAUGACUAUCAGUCUGAUGAAGAAGAUCGGAAAGAAUCCAGGAAGCUAGUUAACACAGAAGAAAAGGUAGAUGGAACUUCCACAGCUAAGGAGUUAUCGUUGACUGGUAAGGCCAUUGGUAAAAUUGUCCUGUACCAGCUGAAGAAUAGGCUCAAACUUCCAUUGGAACGUUGUAUUGGCUGUGGAACGGACAGAUGUGCUGUUAUGCUUUCCGAAGUUCGAGGUGCUGCCACUGAAGUACAGAAGGAGACCAAGAACGCUGUUAAGACACCAUGCUAUUACCACAGACUAAAUAACUCUAUAUCCUAUAGUUCCAAGGUUCCUGCUGUUCGGGACGCUAUAUCAGUAAUGAAAGAGGUCAUUAAUUUCUUCAAGACACACCCUAAAAGAAAAAGUUUCUUAAUGAACAACUUGGGUUGUGCACUCACAUCACUUUGUGAUACCCGGUGGGUAGAGAGGCAUACAGUGUACUUCAGUUUUCAGCUGAUCUUGUAA